UUUAGUUGAAGGUGAGGCUAUCAAAACAGUAAAACACCAACGAAAGCAUUUCCGGGAUUGAUUAAUCAUGGCUGACCCAAAAUAUGCUAAUCUCCCUGGGAUUGACUUGAACUCUCCAGAUGUUUUUGAGUCCAGCGAUCUUCCUGAAGAUGACCAGAAUCUUGCCAAACGACCUGAGGAAUUGUCCAGUCAAAGUGUUGAGCCCAUCUCAGUAAGCACUGAUGCAGCAUUUAAAGUUUUCAAGGGCAAAGGAGUUGACCUUGGUAAAACAGAUUUUUCAGAUAGUGUAAGCAAGUCUAGGACCAUAGGAUACUAUGCUGAUCAGACAGAGUAUGAAUUGCUGGGACAAGGUGACAAGAAAGAGACUGCACAGCAGAAGUAUCAGCGACUGCAGCAUGAGAUGAGGGAAUUAGCCGAAGAAGUGGGCAAAAUCAAGGAUUCAGUCCAACAAACAGAUGCGGGCGACUCCCUAUCCCCUGUGGCGCUGGGGAAACAGUUGGAGUACCUGCAGCACCAGCUGGCAGACCUGCACUUGGAGAAGCUGCUGGGACCUGAGGCCAAGGUUGAUCUGGCAGAUCCCCAGGGAGCCCUGAGACAGCGACUUCUCACCCAGUUAGAGGGCUUUGGUGCUGCGGGGGACAAAUCCAAACAGAAAGGAGCUCCUGGUGCUGGAGGGGACAGUGUUGUGUAUGAGCUCUUCUACAAACCGGAGCAAGCGCAGUUUAGCAAGAACGCCAGACUUGCGAAGCUUGAGGAAAGGCUGGACAGACUUGAAAAUGUGAUUGGGAAGAAUUUUGAUAAAACGAAUGUACUGACUGCGGACACAGAUAACAAGUCUUUGAUUGGUUCUGUGGCAGCCCUGAACUCAAAGCUGUCACUGCUGGAUGCUUCCAACACUGAGACUGUUGAAGCCAGACUUAACGCUGUCCUACAAAAAAUGCAACAAAUUGCCGAAAAGAAAGAAAAGGAACCACAGGCUGAUCCAGAUAAACAGAAAAGGAUCAGUGACUUGUUUGAGCUGACCAAAAAAUGGGAGGCAAGUGCUGAGACUCUACCUCAGGUUGUGGAUAGACUGGUCUCACUUCAAGAACUCCAUGAACAAGCCCUUCAGUUCAGUCAAGCCUUGUCAUACUUAGACACUGCCCAGCAGGAAGUAAAAGCCAAUUUGGCUGCAAAUUCCGACAUGCAAAAACAGCUUCAGUCAAGCCUGGCCGACAACAACAAACUUAUUCAACAAAAUGUGGACAGUAUAGAAAAACGAUUGAAAGCCUUGGGCAAGUGAAAGGUCACCUGAUUUUUUACAUUUUGGAUCCAGACAAGGGCCCAGUUACAUAUUCUUGGACCACUUCUUCUUACCUUCUGAAAAAUUCAGGCUGAAACAAUUUUACCCCGAAGCCAAUGAAAAAAAAAGGCUGCUUUUGUACUUGUGGUUCAUGCAUGCAAACUGAUCGAAUGUAGUCUAUAAAAGUAAAUUAGUAGAAAAUUACUUCUCUUCCUUUUUGUACUGAAAUACCAAAGUUGGUAAGAUUUAGCUGAUGUAUUUUUCAAGUCAUGGCACUUUUCUUGCUGGUUGCCUGACCUACUCUUUUAACGUACGGUUAUGUUUAUUUCUCAAAUGGGCUUUAGUGACACCUGAACCCCUCAAUUUGUGUGCAUAGUGACAUAUCCCUUUCAGUUUCUUGUCAAUACUGAACUCAUCACUGGUCAGUGCUGAAGGUCUUUUUCCAUCUUGAUAGUUCCACACCUUGUUUAUGUGCAAUAUGUAUGGAGUACUGCAAAUUUUGUGAAUGGAGAGCCCAGUUUUUCUUGUUCAUUGUCACAGAUUGGUGUGAAAGAAGUGUUUUCAUCAGGGCUUGAUAUAUUGCUAUCACCACUCUCUGUGGUUACUGAGUUGAUCUCUUCUCAUGAUUUGUUAGCUUUAGGAGCUUUGGGAAGCUGAAACUGUGAUUUUUCUUGGUUCUCUUUAGCCUCCAUGACUCCAUGACUAAUUAAUAAGAAACAGACAUGGAGCUAUAAAUCCUGGUUCACGUUUGUCCUAAAUUGACAUGGAAGCAGUGUCAAACUUGACUGAUUAACAAAUUUUACUUUUUUUUUUUUUAAGUAAAAAUGUUUUUGGUUGCUGUAAUUUCAUAAUUUCAACGAACUUUAUGUCCAUUUAGAUUUUAGUGCUGUUUUUUAAAAUUACAAACAGCAAAAGUGGGGCAGGUAGGUUGUGCUUUUUUCCCCUUUAUAACCUAAGAGCCUUGGUCCCCUAAGCCUACAUGGUCCUUGCACUUGAGGUGCUGAGGGGGAAAAACUUAGAUUUACACCCACCCUUGUUGGGGCAUGCAUUCGUUGUGCAGAAGGGAAAAGGUAGUGCAUUCUGGGAUGUGAGCUCAGGCCCAUAGAAUUAAGGAUGCUUGCUUAUAUCUCUUUUAUAAGUUGUAGGUUUAAGGACAGGGUAAUAAAUACUUCCUUUGUUAUCAUUAUUAUUACAGUCAGUUAUUGGACUACAAUAUGAUUAUUAUUUAUGGUACCACAGCAGUAGCUGGGGAUUGUUCUUUUUCAAUUUCUCUGUGCUGUGCCAAGUGCUAGUUACAUUUCAUGAAAUGUUUACUACAAAAUCACAUGGCUCAAGCUACAGCCUGUUGAUGCUGUACUAGCACUGUAUUAUGAGAAAUGAUGUAUUUGUUUUAGUGCACACAGUUUCCACACUUUAUUCCCAAAUCUUGCUUUGAAAUUCUAUUUUCCCUUAGAUGCAUGUAUUUAAUAAACAUAGUGCUAUAUUUCAGGUAAUGGUUCUUAAAAGUUUCUGCCAUAAUAAACUUCGUUGUAAAGCAUCCCCUUUAUUUGCAAACUGAUGGGCUUGGGUGUAGCGAUUUGUUUUUGUGUCAGUGAUAUAUAAUACAUGCUGUUUACAUUAAAAGUGACUGUACUGUACUUUGUCUUUCUCGGUUUUUUUUCUUCUGUUUCAUAUUGUUUUAAAUUGGAGUUGAUAUUCAUUUUGGAUAUCUUGAUAGAGACGUCACAUACUAAAGGUGUGCCAUAUAGUUUGUAUGGAGACUGUAAAAUGUCUGUUUUCUUAGAUACCUAAGUUUCUUAUGUUUUUGUUUGAUGUGUUUGUGUUCACGUCUCUUUUUUUCCCAGCAAUUUCCUCAAUGUGUUCUUCUAAAGAAGUACACAUUUGUGUAAUGUGGUUAGUUACUUCUUUAGCUUUCUUUUGCUGGGAAGUCUUGCGUUCAAGUCUCAUUUCUCAUUCUCUGCCAAUGAGGGUUUUGGAUUUUUCGAAGUUUUCAAAGCCUCAGGUUUGGCUCUUGAGAAAUUUUACCUCAGAAAAAGUCUAACUGUACUAAAUGAGGUAUUGUACUUAUAUAGCUGUUUUGCAGCAGCCAGCUAUUGUGGAAUUUCGCAUGUAGUUGGUGGGGUGAGGGGUGAUCUGAUGUGGUUGUCUCCCAAGUCUUUCUACCCAUUGUCAGUACGUGAACUAUCCUUAUUUUCUCUUUGUGAAAUGGGGCAAUUGCCAUGCUGACUAAGUGGACAAGGGUCUCUCUGUACAUGUAUAAAAUCUGGGUAACACACACAGUCUAGGUUCUGAAACCCUCUCUUGUAUAUUGGGAUCAGUCUUUAACACCUGCAGUCAAAUAGACUGGGAAUGCAUCUUGCUUUGAUUCUUGUCAAACGGAUGUAAUUGUCAUAAAAAAAGCUCUAUGUGAUGAUUGAACUUCGACUGAAGAUCAUUACUUAACUUAUUCAGAGGGUCUGCACAGGAACUACCCACAUGCUCUGAUUUCACUACGAUAACUGAAACACUCCCUGUAUGUCAAGUGGAAUGAAAUCCCAUAAUAUAAUUAUAUAUAAAAGAGUUCAUUGUGAUGGCAGAAGUUUGACUGUCAGCGUUAUUUCUAAUUAGUCACGGACCGUGUACAUGAACUGCGAAUCAUGUACAUUGUUUUAAUGAACUCUGUCCUGGUAUGCCUGCAAUGUGUCCAUUUUUUCUAAAGUUUCUUUUUACUUUUUACCCAGUUUCUGUGUGCUUUGAUCUAGAUCUUCAACCACUAAUGUCAUCCAAAGUGCAUUCUUGUUUUUGUUUUUUUUUCCCUUGAAUUUGUAUCUGGUGAUUAGGAUUGGUUCACUGCGUUCUUGAACAAUAAAUGCUGAUGUUUUAAAAGCA